UCAAACUUUUUCUGUGGCUUUUAAAGAUUCAAAUGCUUCCAUUGAUCUCAACUACUAGCUCCAGUUCUGAAUCUUAUCAUCCUCUUCCACCCUAAACAAGUUGUUGUGAAUGGCUAGCAAGGAACAAGAUGAUCAGUCUCAAUCAGAUGUUGCUCAUGAUCAUGAAUCACAAACAACUCCAAAACAAGGAGGUUGGAUCACAUUUCCCUUCAUCAUAGGGAAUGUAUUUGGGAUGUCAUUGAUAUUCAGUGGAACCAUGGGGAACUUCAUAGUAUAUCUGAUAAAACACUACAACUUCAAGAGCAUAGACGCAGCUCAGCUCUUCAACAUCAUCAAUGGCUCCUCCAGCUUCUCACCCUUGCUCGGCGCCAUCAUCUCCGACUCCUUCUUCGGCUGCCUCCCCGUCAUCACCUUCUCUACAGUAGCCUCUCUCUUUAGUAUGAUCUUACUCACACUCACAGCCGGAAUCAAAGCAUUUAGACCAACAAACUCGCACACUGCGGCGAGCAGUGGCCAACUAGCACUUUUAUACACAGCCUUAGCCUUACUCGUUGUGGGGACUGGUGGCUCACGGUUCAACACAAUGACCAUGGGAGCUGACCAGUUGAGCAAUGUGGAUGAUCAAAACAUCUUCUUCAAUUGGUACUUUAUAGUUUUCUACAUGGCAGGAGUCAUUGGAAACACUGUUAUUACCUACAUUGAAGAUAGCAUUAGCUGGGAGCUUGGAUAUGGGAUUUGUUCAGCAGUGAAUGCUCUGGUUGUUCUGUUUAUGCUUCUUGGAGUGAAGUAUUAUCGUCGGCCAGGGAUGAAAGAGAACCCAUUUACGGCAAUUGUACGUGUCAUUGUGGCUGGGAUUAGGAAGAGAAAGCUUACAUUGCCGGCGGAGACAGAGACAGUGACUUACUACCACCGGCCAUCGGAGAAAGCUGAUCAACCACCUUCUCAAACUUUCAGGCGAGAUUAUUGUUAUCUUGGUUUCUUCUUAAAAUACCAUUGAGAUUUCUUGAUUUGUGGACAGAUUGUUGGACUGUGUUUGCAGGAUUAUGAUUGCAUUCUUGUUGAAGAUCAGCUAAAGACCUGAAGAGAAGUUUGGAGAGAGUUCGAGAGCAACUUGGAAGCUGGGUACGUGUAUGGUGAUAGAUUGUUUUGGUUGUCAUGUAAUGAAAAGUUAGUGUCAUGUGUCUUGUUACAUUUAAUAUAUUUUGUACUAGUUAUGGAAGUGGGUCAGUGCAUGAUAUGAGAUAUAUAUGUUUACUUUGAAAUGAAAAUCAAGGUAGAGAAAGCAUUGUCUGGAAAAAGGCAGCUCUCUGUUCUUAGCGUGUGAGUGUUAAGACCUUGUGUUUUUCUUCUCCACUAAUUUUAGAGAAUCACAUCCUUUGAUCUGAGUUUAUUUUUGUCAUCAAACUGGUAUCAGAGCCUAGGUUGAAGGAAUAUAUCACUCUCCAGAAAAGCAGCAAGGUGGCAAGCUGUGAUUGAGAUCAAUGGCUACAUCAUCUUCUUCAGAAGUUUCUCUUCCAACUCUUCCUAUCUUUAAGGGAGAGGGUUAUGAGAGGUGGAGUGUUAAGAUGAAGACACUUUUUCGGUCUUUAAAAUUAUGGAAGGUAGUUGAAGAUGGAGUCUUGACUACUGGUACAGAAACUCAGCAAGAAGAAAGCCAACAAGCAGAUGCACGAGCCAUGUAUAUCAUUCAGCAAUCUGUGGAUGACGCUAUAUUCGAUAGAAUUCAAGACCUUGCAACUGCUAAAGAAGCCUGGGAGUUGAUUCAGAAGCUUUAUCAUGGCCCUUCAAGAGUGGUGUCUAUUAGAAAGCAAACUUUAAGACAAAGGUUUGAAGUGUUGCAAAUGAAGGAAUCUGAGGAUAUUCAAGAGUACAUUAAAAGGGUAAUCACAAUUGUUAAUCAAAGUAAAAGCUUGGGCUAUCAAAUCUCUAAUGAGGAUGUAGUAUCUAAAAUCCUUAGGAGUUUGACUCCGAGGUAUGACAUGUGCGUCACAGCCAUUGAGGAAGCCAGGGACAUAGCUGAGAUGAGCUUGGAAGAAUUGACAGGUUCUCUUCAGGCCCAU